CCUCGGAUCCUUACGUGAUCAUCCGCUGCGAAGGACAAAAAGUUCGUUCUGCCGUCCACAAAAGCACCUGCAGUCCCGCCUUUAACACAAAAGGACUCUUCUACAGGAAGAAGGCCAACCGACCAAUCAGCAUCGAGAUCUACAACCACAACGUGCUCUCAGACUCCUUCCUGGGUCAGGUGACGCUGUCCGUGGAGCAGGGCAGAAUCCAGAAGACGCUCCACCUGAAAGACAAGGGCAAUCGCAGUGACAACGACCUCCCCGGUACCGUCACUCUGACCGUAGAGACCAGCUCGGUGCUGAGCAGCAUCUGAGGCAGACGUCUGAGCUCGUUUACGUUUUAUAAAUGUUCCAGAACACCUGCGGUGGGUGUGUCUACAUACUGAAAGUACUUCCUACUUUAACCACUGUUUACGAGGUUUUAUCUCCAAUCACAGCUGAAAGAUUUUUGUUCCAUUUUUUUCUGGUUUAGCUUUCUAAAUCUUAUAUGUCUUGUUUCUCCCAAUCAGUGAUGGAGUAAAUGUUUAAUUUUGGAUAGAUGCACUAAGAUAUUUUACAUUAAACUGACAUUUUAUAUAGAAUAUAGAGAAUUAUUUCCUUUCUUAAUCGUCUCCUUGCACUUUUUAUUUUUUUUAUUUUUUUUAGGACCAAAUGCUUGUUCAAAGAAACUAAAGUCACUGGUUUGUUUUAUUAACAUCAGAUGAAAAGUUAUUAGCGUCACUGCAUCUCUUUUUGCGACGGAGAUGCAGUUUUUAGUGUUUUCGACGCCUCAGACGUUUGUUUUUACAACAGUAUUUAAGGAUUUUUAAAAAAUGAGCAACAACCAGCAGUUCGAGCGGUUUGUUCUCAGAGGCGUCUUGUUGGUGGAUUUGAGGACAAUAAGGCUUCCCUAGGAUUUACCAGACCUGAGAACAGAAAUCUGAGGUUGAUUGUUUUCAGAUGAAACACUGAGCUUCAUUUUUGCUGAGUCAGAACCAGCAGCUCCCUGCCUCGUGUCGAAUGGUUCAUAUUUGCUGUUAUGGUUUGUGUUUUUUACUCAUCCUGUAACGCCCCUUAAUGACCAAAGUUUACAUUUUUCUGAUUUAAGUUGUAUGUGUCAUGCCACAAAUGAAAAAGCUGCUUCCUGAGAACAGAGGCGACUUGCUGAAUCGGCGUAUCAAAGCGGAAUCUUGCUGGUUUCGUUUCUACCAAAGUCUUUUCUUUCAGCAGGUGGUUUUGUUUCCUUUGUAGUUCCAAACAGCUCAUCGGCCCACCCUCUGAGGUUCUUAUCAAAUAUAAACUGUAUCUUUGGUGCCAAGUGUAAUUAUUUGCCACAGAAAUGGCCUUAAGUUAAGGUGUUUUACUGAUGCUGUGAUGAUUCCUGUGGACCACACCGGGCUCUGGACCACUUUUUAUAAACGGGUUUUAGUCCACUUCCAGGUCUCGGAUGAAGCGUGUGAAAGCAGAGCAGACCGACACUGUUGUUUUUUAACUUGUUUUACUUUUGCAUGAAUUCCAAGUCUUCCUCCUCCUUCUUGAUGGGUAAUUUAUUCACUUGAUGUAAUUUAACUGCUCGAUGGAUCUUUGUUUUUUUUUAUCCAUCAGAGGAGGUUUUGAAGGUUUUUCAUGUGAAAAAUGAUUUGGUGAAUACUUAAUGCCAAAAAUAAAGUGUACUUCCUUACAAAA